AUGAUGUUAUUGAUUCUUCAAGAAGUAGAUAUCGAUGUCAAUCUUAAUGCCAUCAAGGCAAAGGCAGAGGACAUAAGGAACCUGUUGCUGACCACAACAACAUCAAACUGGGAGGAUGCUCUUGGUCACUUUGCUGUGCUCUCUGGUGAGUAUGGUGCAUUGAUGAGAGAGAUCUUCUCUAUAUUGGACAGUGUUGCUGCCUAUCCAACUGUCAUUGGUCAGGAUCAGAACUUGGUACCCAAUCUAUUGAGAACCAAACUAUCACCAGAGUUGGAGAACAUGAAUAAGAAGGCGAUCAAUGCCUAUCAACACAAUCUAGACGAUUCUGAUAUACCUUCGACUGAUACACAACAACAAACAAGGAUGGUCAGAGAGCACUACUCAUCAUUGAAUCAGGCCUUGGAUGACAUUGAUGAUGAUUUCAAACAGAGACUACAAUCAAGACAGAGAUACAAGUUGUCAAAGGCAUCGGCAUCAGUCUCUGCCAAUAUCCUGAGAGACGUACUGUCCAGCACUAUGUUGGGCACUGGUCUGAAGCAGUUGAAUCAGCAACAACAACAACAACAACCAACGACACCUCUUCAGCCUUCACCUAUGCCAAUCGGCAUUCAACAAACAACUACUCAGAUGUCUGCGCCAACACCUGGUGGCGGUGUUUCUAUCGCUCAGCCAACAACUCCAAAGUCACAACAUCCACCUAUGCAGCAGCAACAUCAACCACAGCAACAACAACAACAUACUCCUCAACAGCAACAACCGAUGCAACAACAACAACCACCACAGCAAAUGGGCACACCCAUUCAAUCAAUGCCUACACCGACACAACAACAACCGAUGCAGCAGCAACAGAUCCCGACACAACAACAUCAUCCAACAACACCGACAUCAGUGGUACAGAAACAACAGCCAGUGCAGGUGAUGUCUGGAGUACAGGUUGGAACUCCAGGUCAGAAUGUCACGCCAAUUGCUCAGCAGCAUAUGACUCAUCCUGUGGCAGCUGUUCAAUCACCGUUUCCAAUCCUGCAGCAACAUGUGGCUCAGCCGAUGGUCACUUCUCCCACUCAACCAAUGCAGCAUCAAACACAGCCAGUUAUGCAUCCAGUGGAGCAGAUUCCAAAUCAGCAACAUAUCCCCACUCCACAGCCACCACAACAACACUUAAUUCCACAACAAAUGCAACCAGUCACACAGCAGCAGCAGCCGAUUCCGCAGCAGAUUCAGCAAACUCAUACCCAACAAGUUCAGCAAGUGGUCCAACAGCCUCAGCAGCAGAUUCCUCAGCAUCCUAUACAGUAUCAGCAAACUACCCAAACCCAUCCAAUCCAAACGAUGCCUAUGGCCCAGAUGGGCCAAUUGACACAGCAACAAUUGCAGCAACAACAGCAACAACAGCAACUACAACAACAACAACAACAAGCCAGGAUGCAAACUACACAAAUCCCACAAACCGUGUCACAACUAAAGCCAUUCCCAACUCAGGUCAAGCCAAUGGCACAAGUACCACAACAGUUACACCAACAACAACAACCACCACAACAACAUGUUGUCAAUCCACAUGCACAGCCUGUGUUGCAACACAUGCAACAACAGAUUCCAGCUCAACAAGGACAAGUCCCACAACCUGCAAUGGUCCAGCAGCCUCAACAACAGAUGGCACAAUAUUCUACACAGGCACAUCAAGCUCAACAACCGCAACAGUUUAUUGGACAAACAGCUGGUGGACAACAGGCUCGUCCUCCAGGACAGGCCCAACCUCCACAGACACAGCAGCCAAUGCAGUACUAUGCAGGACAGGCCGCAGGUGGUGUCGUUCCACAGGCUCAGAACAUGGUGAUGCAAAAUCCUACCCAGCAGCAGCAACAACAGUUCAUUCCAGUUCAGCGCCAAAUACCACAACAGCAGCCGAAUGCUCAGCAGCCACAACAACAGCAGCAGGCAUUCGUUCAACAACCACAAAACCAACAGUUCGCACCUGGACAGGUCCAAGUCAAUCAGCUGAACAAACAAAAGUCACAGACCCAGCUCCCCACAAUGCCCCAAGGAGUGCAGGGACAGUAUCAACAAGUUGUCCCUCCCCAACAAAUACAACAGCCUCAGCAACUUCAACAACAACAACAACAACAACAACUCCAACAUCAACAACAAUUGCAGCAACAACUUCAACAACAACAGCAGCAGCUACUCCAGCAACAACUACAACAUAAGAUGCCAGCACAGAUGCAUGCAAACAUGGGACAGAUGGCAGCUCAAGGCAUCCCCCAACAGAUUCCACAGAUGCAAGGCCAACAGUUCCAGAGACCACCGCAGACUCAACCACAACAGCAACAACCUGUUCAGGCACAGCCACAACAACCACAACAGCAGUAUAUGCAGAACCCAACUCAACAAGUAACACAACAACAACAACAACAAUUGCAAAGGGGAAAUCCAAACGUCAGACCAGUAGGAGUACAGCAAAAUCAGCCAGUUCAACAGCCACAACAGCCACAGCAGAAUAUUCAAGGACAACCUCAGGCUCAAAUGCAACAGUUCUACCAGGCAGGACAACAACCUCAACAACAACAACAACCACCACAACAACAACAAACUCAACAACCACCACAACAACAGCAAUACUUUCAACAACAACAACAAGGUCAAAUGGCCAACACUGCCAACCAGCAGUAUUUUAUGCAGACGACUGGUAUUCAGCAGCAACAACCAGUACAAACUCAACCCCAACAGAUAGCUGGUGGUAUACCUCAACAACGAUUCAUUCAACAGCAGCCACAACAACCCCAAACCAUGCAGUUCCAGCAAACCCAACAGCAACCAGUUCAAGGACAUCCAGUGCAACAACAACCUGGUCAACCAGUACAGCAACAGUUCCAGUAUAUGCAAACUGGACAAAUGGUUCCAGGACAACAACAAAUGCAGUUCCCGUACAUGCAACAACAAUAA